AUGCCAAAUUUUCAAAAUUCUUUUUCUGGCCCUUUGGACGCAGAUACUGUAAUGGACGACCUGAGUGAUAAAGUCGCCGUUAAGGUUUUCGAUUGUAGAACUGCCCAGGACUGUAACGAAGAGCAGGCUGUAAACGUGACUACAAACCAAAUGUAUUUGAUGUUCCAAAGUAAUAACUACAAUGUACCGCCACAAAAUUAUAACGCUAAUUCCCUGGGCCCUCAAGUGCCCAUAACACAGGCUUACUAUGCGCCGUUCCAAGCGCCUAUUCAUGUUCAACAUUCUAUGCCUCCAGCAUAUAAAAACAAUUCGUACCCUAUAAGUGGCCAGUAUGACUCGUCGUUCCCUAGUACCUCGAGCCAUGGCUCAGUAAUGGAUACCAACUAUUAUACUGAUACUUUGACUUCCAUACCCACAACAGCGACCGACAGUACCACGAUGACGACAGAAAACGGCAAUGCUAUUGAUAGCGAAGAGUACAUCGAUAGUAUGGAAGCCUUUAGUAACGAUGAUAACGAGAACAUCGAUAGUGUAGAGGAAGCCGCAUUGAAGUCUGAUCAAAACUCGAAUCUUCUUCCAGCAGCCUCAAUUGUGAAGAAAGAACAAUUCUCUGGUUUCGAGAGUCUACUUCCUUUGUCAAGAACGGACUCGUCGCUAGUCACCGCUGAAGAACUCAAAGCAUCUUUAUGCCUGGAAAACAUUGAAGAAAAUAACACUGAUAACAACGAUAACGGAGAAGUCGACGGUGACGACCUAGCUUUUAAGCUCAAAAAUUCUCCGGUCAGGAGACAUUUCCAUGUAACACCCAAAAGAAUAACAAGGGUGAGAACUGGUAGGGUUUCGCACAAUAUUAUUGAAAAGAAAUAUCGUUCCAAUAUCAAUGAUAAAAUUGAGCAAUUAAGGAAAGCAGUUCCAACAUUGCGAGUAGCGUACAAAAAAUGUAAUGAUCUUCCCAUUACAUCGAGAGACAUGAUAGACUUGGAUGGCCUAGAACCAGCUACAAAACUGAACAAGGCGUCCAUUUUAACGAAAUCUAUAGAGUAUAUUUGUCAUUUGGAAAGAAAAUGCCUACAAUUGAGUUUGGCUAAUCAGCAUUUAUCAAAUGACACAAGCGAGCCAUUUGUUCAACUUUCCGAACCACCCCAUCCCGUUAAUAAUAAUAGUGGUAAUGAACAAAGACAAAGGCAAAAUCAAAACUGGCAAAGGCAGCGACCACAACAACCUUUACAUAACAUCCAAUAUAACGGUCCACAUCAAAAUGGGCUCGUGAGUGGCAAUACCAACAGUUCAAAUGAUCUGAACUUUAACAACGCAGAAGAUUUUUAG